AUGGCAAACCACCGCUUGAACCAGAUACAGAACCAUCUCGUGAGCUCGGAUAUAGAUCCCACUCGAGUUGACGGGCAUGUCAUUAUCAUCACUGGAGCUGCCCAAGGCAUUGGUCGGUCGGCCGCAAUACUUCUUGCUCAAAAGGGAGCUAAGGUCGCAAUCAACGAUCUUGACUCCAACAAGGCACAAGAAGUGGUUCAAGAAAUCCGAAAUCUAGGAGGCAUUGCUGAAGCCUUUCCGGGCAAUAUGCUGGAUGAGACCUUCCCAGCAAAAUUAGUGGCCGAUGUCUUAUCAAAAUGGGGCAAGAUCAAUUGCCUAAUUAACAACGCAGGGUUCUGUCACGAUAGCGCAAUACACAAGAUGGACGAUGCAAAGUUUGACGUGAUCUUGAAAAUCCACAAUUACGCACCAUUCCGUCUUCUUCGUGCCUUAUCGCCACACUGGAUGGACCCAUCUGUUCGCGAUAUGCCCAAGUGCAUCAUCAACGUUUCAUCAACAUCCGGUCUACACGGUGCAAUGGGGCAGAUCAACUAUGCUACUGCAAAAGCAGGCAUAGUUGGCCUCACCAAGACUGUCGCUGCUGAAUGGGGCCGAUACAAUGUUCGUGCCAAUGCCGUUGCUUAUGGGUGGAUUGAUACUCGUAUCACGCAGCCCCCGACUGAGUCUAAAGUACUGUCUCUUGAUGGACAAGAAAUCAAGGUUGGUAUUCCAAUAAAUGCUAAGAAGUGGCGGGAUGUUUCCGAUAUUCCGCUUUCGCGGCCUGGGACUGCGGAUGAGGCUGCGAGAGUUAUGCUUUUCUUGGCUAGUCCGCUUUCUUCUUAUGUUAGUGGAACAUGCGUUGAGUGUACUGGUGGGCGCUUUAUGUGA